GAGUGAGGAAAGACCUUCCUCCUAGAAGCCGAGGGAAAGCCCCGACGGGGAGGGCGUGAGGGCCGAGGGUCGCAGACAUGGGGGAAGGAGACGAGAGCGACGAGACGGUGGUGGAAGAUUCCUGGCUUGAGAGCGACCGGGAAGAAGCAGAGCUCUACAGAAAUAGCUUAUCUUUAUAUGGUAAAGAUACAACAUUCACAGAAGAAAAUAACACUAAUAAAGAAAUACGGAAUAUAAAUGGAGCCACAUCAAGAGAUGAAUGAAAGGGAAGAAUCUCAGUCUCUGCUCCAACCUGGGAUAAACUGUCAGAUCUUUGCUGGAGACGUUUGCCAGAAGGACCCUCCAGGAGCUACCACUUUACCUGAGGAAUGUGACCAAUUUAUGGGUUUGGAUUCAGAAGUAACUGGAUUUCUAGAGACAGGAGAUGAGCAUAUAGUAAAUUAUGAUGGUGAAGACACUCCCGAAAUAAGUCUUCUUUCAAAUGUGAAUGCAUCCGAGGUAUCAUCAAAGGAUUCAGUACGAAAAGAUAAAGAAAUGGAAGAAGUUUUUGAAAAUAUCAGGAUGACCAGUGAUGACAAAGACAUGGCAGACGUCAUCCCAUCUGUGGAAACAAUGGUAUUUGGUAUAACUGAAAAUGGAAAGAUGGCUGAAAAUACUGAAGAUAAACACUUAAUGGAAUUACUCAGUGAUUCUGAGACUUUCCAAGUGCUUGACAUGUUGGAAUAUCAAGAUGAUACUUUUUCUGUGCAUAUCUGUGUAAGUGAAGAAAACAGUGCCCUGCCAGUAGAGCUUCUCUCAGCACUGAAUUCUUUGUCAGAAUCUGUGGAAGCAUCUACCAUUUCUCAUCUAGUGGAAGAAGGGAGUGGCCAUAGCAUGGCAAAGAAAGAGCUGCCAGCAGACAAAAGUGUUAACGAUUACACACAUGUAAAACAAACAGAUUUAAAAUCUCAGUUUCAUUUGCAAGGCUUCAAAGAAACUGAAGCUUUAACAGCAGUCAGGACACCACAUUCUUCAGAGGAACAAGAUAGCUUAACUGAAAAAAGAAGUCCAGUUUUAAAGGAUACCACUUCAUGUGAGCAACCUGUUCAAGAAGCUGCAUGUGUGCCUAAGAAAUCAACUCGGAAAAGAAGAAAGCUUACAGUAAAUCAUCUUUCCAGUUGCCAGCAAUUACUUGAAGGGCUGAAUAAGCAGAUCAACAGUUGUGAAGCUAAAGCAAGAGCAUCAGCUGAAGUGUUUGACACCUCUGACACUAAAGAUGAAAAAGAGGAAUGCUUACAGCUAGGAGCAAGCUCAUGCCGAUCCUCAUCUUCAGAUAUUAACACCAAAGUUGGGCAAGUGAGGAAAAGCCGGAGAAUUGCCAAGAAAAAAAAGCAGAUGGAUUCUAAGAUCUAUUUCAGUGAGUCCUCACGUAACUGCAUUUCACUGUCAAGAAUCAACAGAAGAGAUAUGUUUGGUCAGACAUUAUUGCAUAGAGCUGCUAUGGAAGAUGACCUAGAUAGUAUAUGUGCAAUGAUAAAAGGUGGUGCUAAAGUCAAUGCUCGGGACUAUGCAGGUUGGACACCACUACAUGAAGCCAGUGUAGCUGGUUGUUUUGAGACAACACAUGAACUUUUAAAAGCAGGAGCUGAUGUUAACUGUAAGAGCCAUGAACAUGUAACACCACUGCAUGAUGCAGUUAAAGAGGGUCAUUACAAGGUGGCAGAAUUACUGCUUUGGUAUGGAGCUGAUCCAUUGCUUAAAAAUGAGAGAGGGAAGAGUGCCUUAGAAGAGGCUACUAACCAGCAAAUGAGGAAACUACUGGAAAGUUAUGUAGCCAGAUCUACUAUUCAUGAAGCAUCAGCUGAAAGGUUCACAGAAUACCCAGUUGGUGAUCAAGAUGGAGACAAUAAAAGCAAAAGCCGACCUAAGGUAAAAGCAAGGUCAAGUGAAAGAGUGCAACAUUCAUUUAUUGAUAAUACUAGGAUACUAAAGCAAUACAGUGUGAAAUUAGAAAAAAAGAAGAGAAAAAGAAGUUCAAAAAAUAAUUCUGCCUCCCAAACUCAAAAUAGUUGUAGAAUAUUGAAUGAAACAACACUAAAGGAUACAUGUCCAAUUUUGAAGGCAAAGCAGUCAGUCAGAAAAAGAGCAACAUCUUCAGUGCAUCACCAGGAUACUUCAGACACAAUUGAUGGCGCUGCAAAAGAGCCCAGCAUGCUUAUAGGUUCAGAAAUACAGCAAGAGAGUGACUUGGAUAAGAGGAAUAAUGAUGGUUCUUCAGAGACAAAAGAGGUUUAUCAAAGCAGUGAACCAGCAGGAACAUUAAAAAGUCAAGUGACUAAUCCCUGUAUUGUGACAUCACUGAACCCUAUUCAAGAAGAAUCUGCUUCACCUUCUCUAACAAAUCUAGUAAAUGAAUCUAAUUUGCAGAAGGAAGAACAAUGUGCCAUGAAACAUAGCGAUGAGUCACCUUAUGAUAAAGUUGAUAUUUUAGAUGACAACUUGCAUUCUGCUGAAAAAAUAUAUGUCUGGUCAGUUAGAGAAGAAGGCAUUAAUCUUUCUAAUGAGAAAAAUAGAUCACAAUAUGUGCAUUCUGAAAACUCUAUGGAUAAAAUCAACUUAUACUGCCAAAGGGAUAUCGUUAUAGAGCGUGAACUAAGGAUUCCGAAAGAAUCUUUACCUGCGGCUAGAGAACCUAUUUGUUUAGAGCCAGGAAGUACAACCAUGCUGCCCGAGCAAGAGACUGCACUUCUUAGUGAUUCUGAUUGUACUGUUAUUUCUGAGCUAUGUAAUUUAAAUGCAGACCAAAACACAGAUAAAAAUACUUCUAAAGCUGUUGAAACUUGCAAUGAACAAAUAGUUCAAGUUAACAUGGAAAUAUUCUCACCUUCUGCAUUUUCUCAGCAUAUUAAUAGAACUGGUGUUUCUGAAUACCCUGACACUUACAGCGACAGUGAACUCACUCCUUCUGUGAACGCCAAGAGUAUACUGUUAGGGCCAAAACCUGAAGAAAAUAUGACAUGUCAUCUUGAGACAUCAAGAAAUGGUUCUGAAGUGGAGAGGAACACAUUCGUGACUUCACAGAUGCUGGACAAAGAAGCAUUCCAAGGCGAAGUGCUGCAACUUGAAGAAUGUUAUGAGGCAAGUAGAAAAGAAAAUGCAGAUAAUGGAUCUGAUGUACAAUCAAAUGAAUUAGAAACUAUGCAAAGCAAAAGAAUCCAAACUAAGUUUCAUGAGAACAGCCAAAGUACACAUUGGUUUUCUAGCAGAAAUGAAAAGAAUGUAUCUUCAAAUGAUGAACAGUUCAGUCAGACUGAAGAGCAGCAUAAACCAGAUUCAUCAGCUUCUUCUCAUUCUAAGAAAAGAGAGAGAAAAUCUUCUUCUAGUCAGCUGCUCUAUACUACAACAGCAAAAAUAAACAAAACAAAUACUAAAGGAGAAACAGCUCUGCAUUUGGCUGCUAAAAAAGGAGAUUUGGCUUUAAUAAAGUCUUUAAUAGCAUCUGGAGCAUGUGUGAAUCAAAAAGAUUAUGCAGGCUGGACAGCAAUUCAUGAAGCUUCCAGUAGAGGAUUUACUGAGAUUAUAGCAGAGCUGCUGAAAGCUGGUGCUGAUGUGAAUAGUAAAAGCCUUGAUGGUGUUUUGCCAAUUCACGAUGCUGUUUCAGGCAAUCAUUUUGAGGCAGUACAUCUUCUGUUGUUCCAUGGUGCAAACCCUAAUGAGGCAGACAACUGUGGGGGAAAUGCAUUGGAUGAAGCCAUCUGCGACAAAAUGAAAGAUCUUCUUAAAUCUUAUGGAGCUACUGAAACUAAAGAGAUCCCUAAGAUGAAUAAUAUUGUUGGAGAAAAAAAUGUACGUCCUUCUAGGCCUAGGAAAACCCGUACUUGUUAUAAUUGCCAUGAUCAUCUGGUUUUCCAUUCCAAACCGUCUGGACGAAAAUGUGUCACACAUGAAUCCAUCAGUGAAGUACUGCAGGAUAUAGAAGAAAAGCAGGACAGACUUUCAUUCUUUGAAUUAAGAAGCCAGAGUGAUGCAGAUCUGUAUAUCCAAAAACUGUCUCAGAUCCAGAAUAUUUUGAACGAUGUACUUGCCAAACAGAAAUCAGAAAGGGAUGAGCUUGCUAAGAAAUACAGAGCUUCUGUGGAAUCUUUUAAGCAGGGAGCACUGAGGGAACAGCUAGUAAACCUUGCAUCCAGACAAAAGAGCCUUUUACUUAUGGCACAAACCCAGAAAAAACUAGGUCAGAAAAUACAGAAUUAUAAGAAUACCAGAAAAGAGUCUUCAGGUUCAGCAAAAGAAGUCGCAAACAGACUUAGUUCUGGUGCAAAUAGCUAUACAAAAAAUGGCACUUCUGAUGGGACAGUUCCACACCCAGGUAUAGUAAGGGCCCUCAAAACCAACAGGGUCAUGGAAAAUAGUUUUAUAGAGCAGGAACCCAGGCAGCAUCCAAAUAGAUCUCUGGAUCUAGCAGGAGGAAAUGUAGAAAUUAUUAGUCAAGAAGUUGGUUCACAAAAUAUGGUGUGUGAAAACAGAUUCAGCAAAUAUAACACUGAGGAAGUGCCAAAUUCAAAGUCUUUGAAAGCUACAGAACAGAUAACUCUUCCUUCAGAACAUAUCUGCCUUACUCAACAGUCAUAUGGAAAGGAAGUUGAUUAUAUACCAUGGACACUACAAGGAGACAAACUCCUAAAUGGUACAUCAAGAUUAUGCAUAUCACAUAAUUCAGAAGCUGGAAGCAUUGAAGUCAACAGUAAUCUCAACCAACCAACCACUGAAAGUCAACAUCUUGGGACUAAAGAGUUUCUGCAACAAUGUUCAAAUAUGAAUGAGGUUUUACAAAAGCAACAAGAGUUAGAAUCCAUGCACCACUGUAUUCGAACCAACAUCCUUCCAAAUAGCAGAGUCACACAGGAUGCCAGUUUAAAGGCUACAGGAACAUUUCUCGAUGCACUGUCAAAAAGCAAGAUCAGCCAAAAUACUGCUCAGUGUUCUGACAGUCAGUAUUCUGAAAAACAGUUGAAAAUCAAAGAGAACAGAAGGAAAAGAAAUCAGCUGUUAGAUCUUCUUGAGCAGGGGAAACUUCAGCCAGGAGAUGAUGUUCUAGAAUUCACACUGCAGAAUUCCAGGCAUAAAGCCAGCCUUCUGGGAAAUGGGAAAGUCAAAACUGACAGUUCAGUUUACCAGAAUCCAGUUCAGUGGAUUAAAGCACUGUUAGGAAAUGACAUUUCUGUAAGCUGGAAAUACGUAUGGAAUAAGGUCACAUACUGUGGAACGUUAUUAUCCAAAAUAAUAGCUGAAAAUAUUCCUAAAGAAACAGAAGUCCUACUGCAACAACAUAAACUAUCUGAGAGAAACUCUAUAGAAUGGGAUCACAACGAAGGUGAGGACUACUGCUGUUCUGGUCAUCAAACCACGUCCUUCCAGGAUACAGACAAUAUACAGCAAGGAGUGCAAAAUCCACUAUCCACUGAAACACAGUCUGAGGAAACUCUUUCAGCAGUGAUUGCUCUUAAAUCUUCCUACCAGCCAACGUUCUCAAAAACAUCAAGGAGAUUUCUGCAGUUCAACAAAAUAGUGUUAAUAAAGGAUGAAGAAUUUCUGCCCUCUCACAUAAUGGAGCAGUGCUGGGAUUUCUAUGUCCAUUGUGAAAAUUUUGGAUUUUAA